AGUUGUUUCCCCGCGGUGCGUCCAGUUGUACGCGUGCGCCAGGGCAAACUCCGAGGCGUCACAACAACACUGCCGGACGGGACGACGCCGUAUCACUACUUCAAGGGCAUUCCGUACGCAAAGCCACCCGUUGGGGAGCUUCGCUUUCGUGCUCCGGUACCAAUUGAUUCGUUUUACCACCCUAUCGUGGACUGUCUCGUUGAUAGAAGUGCGUGUUUGCAACCGCUGGUUGGGCGCUUUACAUUCGGGAAGGAAGCUGGGCUGUUUUUGAAUGUUUACACGCCAAGACUGCCGAACGGCGACGAAAAAGAUGUCACGAAACUCCCGGUUAUGGUGUGGAUUCACGGGGGAGGCUUCAUCAGCGGAUCGGCGGACAGCUUUAUCUACGAUCCGAUCUACCUCAUCCAGGAUGGAGUGGUGGUAGUUACCAUGAAUUAUCGGCUGGGCCUUUUCGGAUUUCUCAGUUUGCCCGAAGCAGGGAUUGAGGGCAACGCAGGGCUUAAAGAUCAGCAACUGGCUUUCAAAUGGGUAAAGGAAAAUAUUUCUAAUUUUGGUGGUGAACCUGAAAACAUUACAAUAUUUGGUGAGAGUGCUGGAAGCAUGAGUGCAUAUUUGCACUAUCUCUCUCAAAAUUCCAGGAAAUACUUUCAUCGCGUCAUUUGCCAAAGUGGAGUAGCUUGCUCGGAAUCUUUCUUCCAAUCGGAUGCCGCUGAUAAGACUCGAAAGCUGGCUAAGGUCCUUGGAUACAACGGUGACGACGACAACAGGGUUUUAGAAACACUAACAAAAGCGCCAGCAAGUCUAUUAAUGAAGCAUCGUCAUGACGUUAUGAGUGACCACGAGAAAAGCCUCGCAUUGCAAAUGAUCUACCGGCCGGUGAUAGAGCAAGAAGUUACUGAAACCAGCAUCAUAACCGAGACACCGGAAAAGAUUCUCAAAGCUUUCGACACCAUUCAGAUGCCUCUAAUCAAUGGAUGUACUAACAGUGAGGGCAUUUUGGGGUUGCGAAUGAUUCUGAAGCGAUUGGAUGGUUUUAAUCAAAACGUGGAACGUCUUGUACCACAAUUGAUGGGAGAGCUCUCACCGGAUGACAAACAAAAAAUUGGAAAAGAAAUUCGUCGGUUUUAUUUCGGAGAUAAGAAAAUCGAUAAGCACGCUCUUAAUGAAAUGUGCGAUUUGAUGUCGGACAAUAUCUUCAUCACCAACACUAUGAUCAACGCUGAGUGGUUGGCAAAAUAUCAGCCAAAUGUUGAACAUUACCACUAUCGGUUUACCUACGAUGGACGGCUGAGCUUUUGCAAGCGAAUGUUUAAUUUAAGUCAAGUGCCCGGAGCGUGCCACAGCGACGACAUUUUUUACUUAUUCAAUUCUAAAAUGCUACCAAAUCUACCGGCAGAUAGUGAGGAAUAUCGUAUCAGAAGCAUAAUGAUUCGAUUGUGGACCAAUUUCGCAAAAUACGGUGACCCCACUCCCGUACGAGACGCCCAUGAUGGACUUCUUUCUUUCAGGUGGAAACCAAUGGGGGUUUUCGAAAGCACUUCGAAGGAGUUCAAUCUAGAUUGUUUGGAAAUCGAUGUGAAUCCAAAAAUGCUUCGAAAUCCCUGCGUGAACCGCAUCCAGCUAUGGCGAAGAUACCUACAAACAUUCAGGAAAGACUAUUUAAGUGGUGUCGUUUGCACAGAGUCGUUCUUUCAAGUGGAACCCUCCACCAAAGCUCGCAAGUUGGCUAAGGCUUUUGGAUAUAGAGGAGACUCGGAUUUGGGUGUUUUAGAUACUCUUAUGACUGCUCCUGCUCACCUGAUCAUGAAGCACCAGCGUAAAAUGGCCAGUGACCAGGAAAGGAAACUAGCAAUGAACUACGUCUUCAGACCGUGUUCGAGGCGUAACGUGUACUCUGUCGAGAAUUACGUGGCAAUGUGGUGGACAACUAGGGAGUAUCUUGUUAUCAUCUUGAAAUUAGCCUUAUCAUUCGUAUCGCACGGUAUCGGGAAUGUACUAAUUCGAUUUUGGCCCGGUUUUGAGCGCCCUGUCGUGGAAGUGCGUCAGGGAAAGGUGCGAGGGUCACCAGUGAGCUUCGAAGGCAGAAAGUAUCACUACUUCAAAGGAAUUCCGUACGCAAAGCCACCGGUGGGUGAGCUACGUUUCCGGCCACCGGUUCCACUGGAGAAGUUCAAUCAACCCGAGCUCAACUGCAGUUCUGAUAAGGGAGACUUUGUGCAGCCGCACAUUGUACUCAACUGGCCAGUCGUGGGUUCUGAAGACGGACUGUACUUGAACGUCUACACGCCCGGUCUACCGACAGAAGAAAAUGCGGCCAAAUAUCCCGUCAUGGUUUACAUCCACGGAGGUGGACUUCGUUUCGGAACAGCUAGUUCGUUCAUCUACGAUCCCAAGCAUAUUGUGCAACGAAACGUGAUAGUGGUCACCAUGUUCUAUCGACUUGGUCCGCUGGGAUUCCUGUGUCUACCCAGCGUUGGUAUCAAUGGUAACAUGGGCCUCAAAGAUCAACGCCUAGCUCUCCAGUGGGUACAAGAAAAUAUCGCUAAAUUUGGAGGUGAUGCAGAUAACGUUACACUAUUUGGAGAGAGUGCAGGAAGUUGGUCGACUUAUUUGCACUACCUGUCACCCAAUUCUAGGAAAUACUUCCACCGCGUGAUUUGCCAGAGUGGAGAUGCGUGCACGGAAUCGUCCUUCCAAAUUGAUCCAGAAGGAAAGGCAAGAAAGCUUGCUCAAUUGCUGGGAUGUUGGGGAAGCUCCGAUCAGGAAGUUUUAGACACUUUAAUGAAAGCUCCUGCAAGAACGCUCGCAAAGCUGCAAAACGAUGUCAUCACCCCGGAAGAGAAGAGCUGCGCGAUGCGCUUUAUCUUCCGACCAGUAAUCGAACAAAAACUCACCGAGGACAGCAUCAUUACGCAAACGCCAGAACAGUUGCUGAAAUCGUUCGAUACACUCCAAAUGCCAAUGAUGUCGGGCGUUACAAGCGCCGAGGGAGUUCUUGCACUUAAUUUGAACAAGUACUGUUUGGAGAAGUUUAGCAAAUAUGCCGAAGACUGGCUGGUUCCACGUUUUAUGAGUUCCCCGGAGGGAUUGGAUCGACGGGCUAUUGUUGAGGAAGUGAAACGGUUUUACUUGGGAGAUAAGGAUGUUUGCUGGGCGACGAUCAAUGAAUCAUGUGCUCUCUUGUCGGAUUUUACUUUCGUUGGGACGUCCAACCUGAGUGCCGAAUGGAUCGCCAAGUAUCAACCAAAUGUGCGGCAUUACCACUAUUUGUUCAACUUUGUUGGACGAAUGAACAUAAUGAAGCCCCUGUUUAAUGUUGGUGCAGUAGACGGAGCAUCCCACGGUGAUGAUAACUUUUACUUGUUCAGCCCAAAGGUUCUCCCCGAAUUGUCGGAUGCUAGCGAUGAGGCCAAAAUGCGAAACAUUUUCAUCGAUGUUUUCACCAACUUUGCCAAAUUCAACGAUCCUACUCCAGACGAAAGCACGCUAGGGUUCAAGUGGACACCGAUUGCAUCGACGCAACGUGACUCGGAAUCGUUUGACAUAGAUUGUUUGGAGCUGAAUGUACCACCCCGAAUGGUUCGAAAUCCUAGCCAAGAGAGGAAAGAGUUUUGGAGAGCUAUGCUGAAGAAACACACUAACUUGUUGUAAUUGAACCAAUGUUUAAAAGUGUUUUUGUUAUUCUUGAAAA